UCAAAUGUCAGUCAACACGAUAGAACAAUUCGUUGCAACCGUUGUUGUAGUCUGUAUUAAUUCGUCUCCAUAAGCGUAAAUUAUGUGUGUAUGUCGUUAAAUUAAGACGAAACUGUGUUUAACAUGUGAAUUGAAACAGGUUGCAAAAGAAAAAUCCUUCUAUGAGACAUUGAUAUAACCGACUAGUCGUCCGAAUUUAAAACCGAAAUUGGAAACCCAUUAAUUCGUGAUUAAAAUGGAGGUUCAAAAUUCUUCCAUCACAGCGGUAGACUGGAAUGAAAUAUAUGACGUUUUCGUAGAUUGUGAAAAACAGCAUCCCAAAGUCGAAGCAGAACAGAGACCUUUACCGUCACCGGUGCUUGAGGGGGAUCAAGCUCAACUGAGCUUUUACGAUCCUCAAUAUGACGCAGAGAUAGUAUCACACAGAAACACAUUUGACGGAGCUGAUUUGUCGGUUUAUUCAACGAAGGAGAUGGAUUUAUCGGUUUAUUCGACGUUGGAAGAGCUUAAAGAAAUUUCUUUGCCGGAUCAGUACUUUCAAUCGAGUUCGGUAAAUGAUUUGCAGCAACAGGUCUACACAUCGCUGGAUUGCCCAACCGGUCAAAUCGAACCAGUACCCUAUACGUCAUCUUAUCCCGUUCAGAAUCAUCCUACGGAGUAUCACCAAAUGGGCUUUCACUCUAUGGAGCAUCACCAUGCUGGGAAUUUCCACGGGGAGAAUUAUUCUGCAGUAAAUUAUCCGGUGGAAUAUCAUCAUAUUAGUUACUCGGUGGAACAACAGCCUGUAGAGAAUUUCUCUGACAAGGAUUUUAAAAAAGACAAUCACGCAGAACAAAUUUACUCUGAAGUGCCUUACCUUGCAGAAAGUGGCGCUGAAAAGAUUCAUACUGUAGACAAUUCCUCUGUUGUAAAUGACCCUGAUGAUCCUCUACUCUUGAAGCAAAUCGAAAAUGGAAAUUCUCACACUAUCGGGAAUGGGCAGACACAGGAUACCCCGGAUCAAUACCCUUUGGAAUACCAUUCACUGCAGUAUCAUCACACUGCCCAACCGGAGCCGGUCGUUGCAGCUCAACCUCAGCAGCAAAUGGUGCCUCAGGAACUUGCGCCCGAUAAUACACUAUUCGGUUUCCCCAUACAAUUGAACAUAGUGGGAUAUUUAAACCCGGACGGUACCCUCAAAUCAAUGAUGCCUUCAACACCGCCGAAGAAAAGCAAAAACAGGAAUCCAAAACCCCGGAAAAAAGUGGAGCGGCGCAACAUAAUCGGUGAUUUCCCCUGCAAGCAAUGUGGAAGGACGUUCAAAUCGAAAGGUGGCCUGUGUCAGCACAACAACUCGAACCAUUCCGGACCGAUGCCGCAUCAGUGCAGUGUUUGCGGGAAACGGUUCAGAGAUAUUGACAUCAUGCUCCUGCACCGCCAGCGGCAUUCGCAAAAGGACAAACCUUUCAAGUGCACUGACUGUUCGAAACAAUUCAUGUUCAGCACUGAUCUGAACCGGCACGUCGAUUUGCACCACGGAGUGAGUCGGUACGUUUGCUCCUACUGUGGCAAAGCGUUAGACAGGAGGGAUCACCUGAAGGAUCAUGAAAUGAGUCACCUAAACGGCACGGCUAAGAAACAUAAAGCAUCUAAAUUGAGUAGCACUGUGCCACCUAGCGCAUGAAAAAAACUUGAAAAAAUGACGGGAUUAGAAAAAAUAAAUAUCAACAUUGAAAUAAAUAAA